UAGAAUGAGCACUGUGAUGUCCAGACUCACAUCCUGGACAGAAAGAAGGCGAGUCCCUUGUUCGGUUAAAUAGCCAAGAGCUGAACUAGGUCAUUGCACAGUUGACAUCUGAUAUCAGUGGUGUAGAUGUUCUGUGAAAUCCUAGCCGGUUAAUAUCAGAUCUAAGGCAUUGAAUGUCAUGGAUUGUGUUUCAUAUCUUGUUGUUUAGUUGGACUGGAUGUCUAGUUACUUUAUUUCCACGACAUUGGUGGCUUGAAGACAAGUAUUUGGUGCUGACUUUCUACAACGUUUAACGACUUUGAAACGAACAGAUGGUGUUGAGCAUUUUCUACAGCUCACAAUGGUUUAAAAGUGACAUCAUGUACAUGUGCAUUUGCAAUGAUUUUAUGCCGUCAAUGAGCUACACACUACCUGUAAUGCAUAGCAGCAUUCAGAGCACAAUCGAUUGACAUUUACAACGACAACUGUAUUGACUUCACACCCAUGAUACAUAAAUUCUCCGCUUGGACGUCACGGCAUAACAUUCUCCUACACUACUACUGAUGCUAGAUAACUCAUGGUGCUAUAAAUAGCUCUUCCACCGCAAGUGACUUUCUCCUCAGAGUAAAUCAUACAGAGCCUCAGUGUCUUCUGAACGAGCCGAUGCUCAGACGUGUUUUUAGUUUUUCUAUAUCAAACCACAAUCACUGCUGGUAAAUCAACGGCUUGUGUUUUCCUGUGCUGGAUCUUCAGGUAGAUCGGUCUACGACUGUUUCAUGAUUGGUUUUUACUUGCGGCCAAGUUAACUGGAUCUACUCUAUUAGAGAUACAUAAGAUUUUCUCUCGCUUGUUAUGAUUUUGUAAUCAACAGGGUUUGUCAAAAUUUACUGCUGGUACAAUAAACCAUGUACAUUCAGGAGGAGAAUUAUUCUAAACUCCCUCGGAAUAUGGACCCUUUUUUGAUGGACGACCAAAGCAUCGUCUCCGAGAAUGGCUACGAAACCAUGACCUUCGGAGGUGACAAUGUUGUCACGGAAAACGUAGCUUUUGCUGAGGUUGGAUACGAGACGAUGAGGUGUAGGUUAACUUGCUCUAUUGCAGCAGAAAUGUGUGUAGCAGAAGAUGAGCCAGAUUAUGAGCAUAUGGAUGGGGCGGAUGAAACGCACGUGCUAGCCAAAGCGCUGUAUGACAACAAUGCAGAAGCCCCGGACGAGUUGUCCUUCCGUCGGGGUGACAUAGUGACUGUACUGGAACAGAACACCAGCGGCUUAGAAGGAUGGUGGCUAUGCUCACUCAACGGUCGCCAGGGUAUCGCUCCCGGUAACCGGCUAAAGAUACUAGCAGGAAUGUAUGAGAGUCCACACAGCCCGCCUCCCUCUCAGACUGCACAAAAGAUAAAGACCCCACAGCUGAUUGGACAAUCCUACAUCUACGACAGUCCGAGUGCAGCCCGUAACCCCCUAUCAAGGGGCCAUGAAGACUACGACAUCCCAAGGAACCCGGGGACGGGGUACAACACUCAACAGCUUGCCCCCCUUGCGGUACCCGUCGCCCAGAAUAAUUUUACUCAGCAGCUCUCUGGAGAUGAAACUUAUGAUGUGCCACCGAGCCUUCUCGCUUCCAAAUCACCUUCGCCAACGGACGUCUACGACUCUCCGGCGAACCAUCGGAAACAGUCGAGCGAAGACUUGUAUGACUCGCCGAAGAAGCAGCUGCAGCAGGACGUUUAUGAUGUGUUGCCUGCCGCUAAGGAUCCCAAAGUACCCAUGGAUAUCUACGAUACUCCCCCCAUGAAAGGGAGAGGUGUGGGCAGUCCCAGUCCGCCCAAGUCCCCGACUGAGGUAUAUGAUGUACCGAGCUUGUUGCAGGGAGCUCAGAAGGGUUUGACGCCUGAGCCUCUUCCACAUUCGAAUGAGAAACUCAUUCAGAGAGCUAACUCAUUGGACUUGUAUGACACUCUACCUGGGCAGAAAUACCCAACAGACGUGUACGAUGUACCACCAGCUCAUGAACUGUCUGCCAAGAGACCAUCCCUUCAGAAUGAAGGCAGAACCAGUAAGGAUGAUCUGUACAAUAGUCCAUCCAAUAUACCAUCAUCCGAGGGACUGUAUGAUAGCCCAGGUAAAACAAAAAUUCACAUCACAAGUGUUGGCAACGGUCUACACAGUUCGGACAAUGUUUAUGAUAUUCCGCCACAGGUCACAAGAGACAAGCCCCGGUCGGGAAGGUCGAGCCCGGUAUAUGGCAGAUCCACGGAGGAACUUGAAGGUAAAAUGAAUCUGUUGACAAUGUCCAGGCUUACAAAAUCAGCAGACAGUCUCGAUGACUGGUCAGGAAUACUGGACAUAAACUCUGCCAUGGACUUACUCAGCGAAAAGCAGCAAGUGUUGGAGACUGCCAUCGCUUACCUGAUGAGCUACGUAAGCAGCACAUGGCGUCAUCAGUCCAACCUGGAGCCGCGAAUCCGUGAAAUCCAGUCGGCCUGUAAACAGCUAAAGCUUGCCUUGGAGGAAUUCCUAGAGUUCGCCGACACAUGUAUGACAGGUGCCGUACGACACAGUGAAGAAACCUGGCAUGAGAGCCUUAGCAAAGCUGUUAACUGUCUUAAAGAGUCGCACACCUCCAUGAUUAGAUGUAGUGCCUCAUUGGAUGAGAUGAACUGGCAAGUGUCCAAGCUCAUCUACAAACCAGGCUCGACAGUGGCCAGCGAACUUGAUCAGUUCGCCCUCGCCGCAAGAAGCGUCAGUGAUGACAUGAAAAGGUUUGUUGUCCUGAUUCAGGAGAAUGCAGCUUCACUAUUCCGCGUCUCCUUCAGUAGAAACUUGAGUAACCCCCAGGAGCGUCCAUUACCGAAUCCUCCUCUUAAGUCUUCCAACGCAAACUGGCAUUCUGCAGAGAAGGAGACCGCACAGAGGAAAGGGGUUCAGGCAAGACCCCUUCCUCGGCUUCCACCUGGUGACGCCCCUUCUCCAGGACAGGCUGAUGAUCUAGACCACACCCCUAGAAAGGAAGGCACUGCAGAUUAUGGCUAUUUAACAAAGAAAGACCCCCUUGUGAACAGGCAGAUCAUUGUUACAGACCCAAACGCCAAGCAGCCUUCGGUCCUCCUCCCAAAUGACAAACAAAUCUUGGAGUUUUAUGUCAACGACAUCGAGUCGCUAGUGAACACCAUGAGUAAUGCAAUUGAUGUGUUCUUCACCUGCAUCGAGGCCAACCAACCACCCAAGGUCUUUGUUGCUCACAGUAAGCACAUUAUCCUCGUCGGACACAAGUUGGUUUUUAUCGGCGACACGCUCCACCACAAUUUACAACACCAGGAGGUGCGCACUCGGAUCAUUCGCUGCAGCGAUUUCUUAUGUGAUUGCCUGAACGUUGCUGUGAACACCACCAAGUCUGCGGCGCUGCAGUAUCCAGGCGUGCAGCCGCUACAGGAAAUGGUAGACAGGAUCACCGAUGCUGCAAAUGCCACGCAGGACUUGAAAGCCGCUAUUUUGCAGUGUGCUGCUCUGUAAUGAAAAACCCCAAACUAUUUUUCUUUUUGUAUAUACUAUCUCUGUUCAUUAAAUUUCAUUGCAUGUUCAUUUACUUCAAAUUGGCGUUGUUUCAACAGUACAGUUGAUUGAACGUGGGUGACCUGAACUCCGACCAAAAAGGCAUGUUUUCGGUUCCCUUCUUUAAAGAUGGCAAAAUUUUACACAAGUUGGUUUGUAUGUACUUAAAAUUUACAGUGUUUAUUAUCUUGUUCGCAACCUUGACUUAUAAUUUAUAAUUGUAUUGGAGGUUUGUGAUUACAGAGGGAAGGUUAUAGAGGUCAAGGUUUUCAUUGUCUAGGUCCGGACAUGAGGGCUGUUGAAUUAUGAUGCAGGCAGGCCUUGGGCUUUUAAAUUUGUGUUUUUGAAAAUGAAGUCCAUUUGGCGAGUAGCAAAACUUUGCUUUUGACUUGCCCCCUACAACGCUUUUAUUAGCCCAGAUUUGAAACUUGAAUUGUCGUCAAGUUGACUUCAAAAUAUAUUAUUUGUUGUGAUCGUCGUUGGGUUUCACUUUCACAUAGAAAUGAGAAAAGUAAAACAAACUGCAUUCUGCUGGGUACUUUUUGUACGACACAAAUCACAAACAUCCAUAGAUUUACUUUAAACUGUACACGCUUAAAGAUCAUGAUAGAAAGCUUCUCUUAAAGUAUUGCUUGCUGAGUGCUGUAGUUUUUUAGUAAUGGGUAAACAAUUUCACAAACGUCUCGUCUCAGUGCGAAAUUUGAGCAUACAACAGAUUUAUGCGACUCUCCUGAAACUGUUGCUCUGUGAUCUUCACCAUUUUCCUCAAAACUUGACGACAAGUGAACCUGAACUUUCUACAGGUAAAUUAUAUAACAUACAUCUUCAUUCACAACCACGGUGAGUGGAGAUUCAUGUCAUGGCCAAAAACUUGAUCUACAGUGUACAAAGGUAGCAAAACCCUUUAAACAGGUAGAUGCCAUGUUUUGUUUUUAUUGGAGCCUAAAAAAUAGUUUUUACUAGCCCGCUGGAUCUUUAUUAGACAAAGUACACUGUUGGCUGGGUUUAAAGGACAAGCCUGUGUGAUCAAAUAAUGCCCCUGACUGUGAAGCUGAUACCUUAAGUAUGAUAUUCCAAUCUAAUGCAUUGACUGCCCCCUAUGCAGAAAAACCCUCAAUCUGAACUUCGGAUUGUCUAUGCACAAGGGAACCAAUAACCUUUAUUUUUUUAAAUUGUAUAAUUUUGUACCAUACAUAUACGUUGUACAAUACGUAGAUAUUCCAUUAUUAUAAAAAAAUCAGCAUUUUAACGUAACUGUCAUUCAAACUGUAAAAAAAUUAGUGUUUUUUUGUUGUUGUUGACACCAACUGAGAUUAUAUUUAAAAGUAAAACAAAAGAAUGACAAAUACAGAUGUUUUGUUUUUGUUUGGUGGUUUUCAUUAGUUUGGCUGAAUAGAUCAGUGAGUUUUGUCUCAAAUUGUGCUUGUUAUUCAUGGUUAGGGACUCUUAUGGUGAGAGCGAGAAGGGGCGAGCAGAGUCAUUUAUUUGUUCAAAAUUUUACAAAGUUUAAAACAUGACACCCCUUAACCAAAAUAUUGACAAAAUAGGGAGUCUGCUAUUAUUAGGGCUCGAUAUCUCAGUUGGGUCAAGCGUUUAUGCAGAGGUGGUGCGUGCAAGUCCCGCUAUAGUAAGUUGUUCUUUUACUCAACCCACAAAUAGAUGAAGACAUCAAUCAUACUUGGUAGGAAGUUUUGCUCGCUUUCUCUGUGAAAUUUGUCCACUUCUUGCUUUGCCCAUUUUUUCACUGACGAUGUGCCCAAUUUUUGAGGGCAGUUACCCCUUUCCUUGCCUUUCUUUUUGUAAAGAUUUGUGACUAAAGUGCAAGUAGGAAUUCACUGUAAUGCUGAGAUAUAACCCUUUCCCUUCCACGAAAUCCUCUUUGAUUUGAGUAUUCAUGAUUUGGUUCUUGACAAGGGAAUUUGCAUCUUGAAUGUUUCUUCCCUGUAUCCAGUUUUGUACAUAAAGUCUUUGGUGAUUGGUAUGUUGUGGAGCUAUGUUUUGAAGUAUGAAACUUGUUAACUGUGUGAAAGAGUCGCACACCUCCAUGAUUAGAUGUAGUGCCUCAUUGGAUGAGAUGAACUGGCAAGUGUCCAAGCUCAUCUACAAACCAGGCUCCACAGUGGCCAGUGAACUUGAUCAGUUCGUUUGAAGUAUGAAACCUUAUUUUUGCCAUAGCACCAAGUAAUGGUUUAUAAGGUGCUGUGGCGCAAUAUACAGCCAUUCAAACCAGGAACCUUGGGGUGUAUCCCUUCUCUUUAUAAUGAGUGCACUGGGUUCUUGUGCGUGCAUUACACAACUCAUAAGUAUUAUCUCCCCCAAGUCAUCCAUUGGUUUUAUACAAACAUUUUAUGAUUUUGUGAAGUAGUAGAAUUCUUGGCAAAACAUUUCUGAAAAAAAAAAGGGAAAAAAACAAUAACAGGGUGCUAUUUGAUUACAUCGUCUGUGCUUUAUAACCAUGUUUCAUUGAUUACUAGGGUGGGCCCAAUUUCAUGGCUCUGCAGAAACAAAGGAAGCAGGGAAUUCUGUGCUUACGCCAAGCUUUUUUUACUGGUCAGAAGGGAAUUGUUGGUUGUGCCCUCCGCUUACUCGGCAUUAUUUGCUUAGAUACCAUGUAUACAGCUAGCACUGAAAUUUGGCGCUUAACGGUACACAGUAAGCGGAGAAUGGCAUUCGUAGGAGCAGAACUCGGCGGUAUAAGCACAGAGCCAAGCAUUGGGCCUGUAUCACAGAAAUUUCUCUUUCGAUAUCGAUUAAAUAUCAAUAUUGAGGAGGAAUGUGUUUUCCUUGAGGACCGUAUGUUACAAAGACGUCUUCUUUAUUUAACAAAAAUGGUUUAUACUAUAAUUAUGCAGUUUCUCUGUAUAAAAAUGAGGAUAUUUCUCAUUGAAUGGAUAACUUAAACAGUAUUUAAAAGACUAAACCUUUGACAUUUACAAAAGAGCCACAGCGAGCCUGGACUUCCUGCAAGAACGCUUCGUACAAAGCCCAGUGAAGAAAACACGCAAUGUUAUAUUUUUACAGGGCACAUCUUAAAACUUGUCCAGCUGUUAUUUUUUAUAACUCUUGUGUUGAUGUGAACAUUUUAACAAUAAAUUGUAAAAGAUUCUCCAUGCAACCAGUGUAUCUUGCCUGCCAGAAUGGCACUGGAGUGUACAAGGUUCAUCGUUGUGUAAAUAAAGGUUACAUGAAUGGUAGGCCUAUAAACCACUUUUUGAAUACUGCUUUUAUUCAUCUGUGAUGGACUUCUGGUUUUCUUUCCAGUUAAGAAUUUCAUAUUUUACCUUGAAAAUAAUAUGCAUGACAAAAGGGUCGUUGAGUCUUACUUUUCACUUGGCCUGUGCUGAGGUUGUUUUAUUUAUGAGUUUGAAAAUUGCAUAUUUUGUACAAAUUUAAACAUUACAUGUAUGUUUUUAAAAAAUGAAUCGUGUUGAUUACAAUAAACCUAUGGAUAAACCUA